AUGUAUAUCCAUACUUUCUCCUUACUGCUGAUCGUCGUCCAGGAUGGAGACAGCAAAGCGAACUUUGACAUUCGAACUCCCACAUUGCUCCUCGAUAUUGAGACCUUGUUCAGCCUGGAUGCACCCCAGACUGAUUCGAUAAACGGCUCUGUAUUCGACUGGUGGUACUUUGAUGCCGUGUCAGAGACCAACUCAGGCGACUCGCUCGUCAUCACUUUCUUCGCCUCGUCUGUUGCUGCAUUCCCAUUUUUGAAUGCGAAUGAGACUUCAGUGACUACUGCAUAUGUAUGGGCUUCUUUUGCCAACGGCACUGUAUUUGCUGGCUCGGUCCCGGCGACCUUCGCAACUGUUGCUGGUGUAGACGGUGGUACUAAUAGCUCCGGGGAAUGGCACUCAGCCGGAUUCAACUGGGCAGCUCUCACGGAUAACCUAUCCAAAUACGAGGUGGUAAUCGUCUCAGAAAGUUUGCAGGUCAAGGGGCGAUUGACUCUGACUUCGGCAAGUAUCAAAUAUAACACCUGA